AUGGAGGACAUACGCCAGAAAACAUUCCAAAAGUUACGUCCACCAUGUGUUGAGCUUAGCUCUAUCAGUCUAAAAUUCAAGGGCAACCUCGCAUCGUCAAAUGAAGUACUGCGAGCUUUAGAUACCCUGUCACAGACACUUAAAGAUAUUGUGGCAUAUGACGGCCUAGAUGAGAAGCUUGCCGAAUAUGCCUUCUUCCCACUUUCUCAAAUAUUUAAUGAGAGCCAACGUAUUUCAGCUCAAUGCGUCGAGCUAGCUAUCAAAUGCUUACACAUCUUGAUCGAAAAAGGAUGGCGUUCGAAGCUCUCCCCCCAACUAGGCAAGCAGUUGCUCAUUCUAAUGACUCUGCUUUCAGGGGGAACUCCUACCCAGGCCCAGAGUCAGGGAUCGUCGAACCCAACUAGGCCACGCUCAGAGGAGCUGAUUGUUGAAGCUUUCGAUUGUAUCUCUUCCUUGUGCCAUGUACUAAAUGGACAAGAGGCAGCAACUUCUAUAUUCAACGAAAUAGGGUCUUCUACUAUUAUAGACCAAACUGUCUACGUGCUCCUCGAAGGUGUUGUGGAUGGAGCCUCGAACGACAUCCAGAGGUCCGCUGCUGUAGCCUUGAAAGCAUUGCAAUCUCGUAUCACGAAUCGAGUGGUUCUGGCCAGUCAUCUGCCUCGCACAGUCUCUUCCCUGACUAAGACCCUUCGCACCACAUCCCAACAACGCCGGUCAUAUAAGCUUCUUUGUUUCUGUCUAGAAGCUCUCACGAUGAAUAUCCGAUUUGUCCUAAACGAUUCAGUUGUUUCAUCUACAAAUAAUGACGCACACCCAAGAGCCGAAACGAACGCACUUGUCCUUGAUAAGUCGUGGCUUGAUGCGACCGUAUCACAGAUUAAGUUGGCACUCUCAAAUGUAAUUCGGCUAAGGAACCAUGAAAGGGACGAAGUUCGUCAUUCCCUACUUAGCCUAUGCACAAUGGUAGUUGAGGAUUGUCCAAAUACCCUCGCUGACUCCUUAUCGAUGAUGGUCGAAACCAUUGUGGUCCUGGCGCAUAAUGAUGGCGAGAAAUUUUACAACGGAGCCUACACUACUUUGAAGCAUCUUUUGACUUGUUCAGAAACCAUCUCAAGCAUUCUUAAAGCAAACUUGCAUUCAUGGAUAGUUGCACUUCCUCGGGUUAUGCAAUCCGCCGACGAUUCCGCGAAAGGUAGAGUCAUAAGGCAGAUAUCUACUGCAUUCGAGGUAUUAUCCGAGACACAAAUCAAAUCCGACAUUCUUGAUGACACGAUGACAACGAGUUUGCAUGAUAGUAUAUCUGCCAUAAUACUGUCUUCACCUAAAUCCUUGCAGGCGGUAGGGCCCCCAAGAGACCCUGGACCGGAAACCCUAAGUAUUAGUGGAGAAGCCCACUCCAAUAUGUUCCAGCCGAUAAUUUUCGAACGCCAAAGCCAAAAAGAGACGCUAUCUGAACUCCAAGGCAUGAUAUCUAGGCUAUCAAAUGCCGAUACAUCGUUCAGCAUGACCAGGUCUAUGCUUAAUAAGCUUUGCCAGUCCUCAGGCGACUCAUUUGUAUCGUCUUUCUGGCUAACGCUAUCUUUCCUUAAAAGUGCAUCCCCGGAUACGCUUAUGAUCGAUGAUAUGCUUAGCCUGGAUCCUAGUCUUUCGUUGCCUACACGGCCUCAAUUGAUCGAAGAAUUAUACUCAUUGGCUCUGCCAAUUUUAACAGACUCACAAAACAUUGAUUCUGAUGAUUGGCGCACCCAAGCCCUAGCACUCGAGGCAGUUGCUUUACAGGCAGGGCAGCUUCUCGAGUCUUUUCGGCCGGAGUUAAUUGACACGCUCUACCCGAUUCUCCAGCUAAUGGGAUCUAGCAAUCCUGUGCUCCAAAACCACGCAAUGACUUGCCUUAACAUAGUCACCGCAUCAUGCAAUUACCCUGAUGCGAGCACGAUGGUAAUUGACAACGUUGACUAUUUGAUAAAUUCUGUGGCCUUGAAACUGAAUACCUUCGAUAUUUCACCCCAAGCUCCCAGAGUCCUCCUUAUGAUGGUAAGGCUCUCCGGCUCUCGUUUGAUACCUCAUUUGGAUGAUAUUAUUGGAUCCAUAUUUGCUGUUUUAGAUGCUUUUCAUGGUUAUCCAAAAUUGGUUGAGUUACUAUUCGGUGUGUUAGGAGCUAUUGUCGAUGAAGGCGCGAAGAAGCCUACACAUCUUGCAAUAACGAAUGAAGACGAGGGUGCAAUAUCCCAUUGUAGGAGGCUACCGCCGCGGCCACGAUCGACUUCAAGCGUAGCAGCUUGGUUUAAGGAAAGGCAUGAAAAACGAUCGAGAGAGUUGAAAAUUGAAAGGAACGAACUUGAACCUCUAGAACCCCAUCCAAAGAAGCCCUGGACAUCUACUGCAGACACAUCGGCCGAUGAAGGGGACGAAAUGGACAUAAACUCCCAAGCCGACCAAUCUGAACAGCCCCAAGAACCAGAAGAAAAGCCUCUAAGCAAACCUCAUACACUAUUACUAAACAUCAUAAAAGCCAUACCACCACACCUCUCUUCCCCAUCACCAUUCUUACGACGAUCACUUCUGUCAAUACUGACACGCGGUCUCCCCAUUCUAUCUCAGAAUGAAAAGACCUUUUUACCUCUCAUCAAUGACCUCUGGCCUUCCGUAAGCGCUAGAAUCACAUUGCCAGCCCAAGUUGGGAGAGAAUCUCAAUCGUUAUCAUCUAUAAAAGAAAACAAAAGCCAACUCGAUGUUUCUGGCGUACAAGAAGAGACAUUCGUCACAGUUGCCUCAUGUACGGCCAUUGGCAUAAUGUGCAAGGGAGCAGGAGAUUUUAUCUCAUCCAGAAUCGAACACGAAUUCCCCCGCUGGGCAAAGUUAUAUAAAAUUUCCUGGGGCCAGGUGAGACAGGACGCUGAAAAAUCAGCAGAACGGCACUGUCAGCAACUGGCGAAAAAGAAAAUACAAAAUGCAGAGUCGUCUGGCAGCAAUGCAUCUACUGGGCUGGUUAGCAUAAUAGAUGAGUCCAGCCAGCCUUUACCCCAGUUGGCAUUUACGAUCACCAAAUCAUUUACCCGUCACGACUCGAUUUGGAAAGCACUUACGACGCUAUAUAUCACUACUUUAUCACAUGUUAGCCUACCCGCCGAUGUUGGGGAUGAAAUCUGCUACUCCCUGGUAGAAUGGAUAACGUUUUUCCACCCAGAGUUAUAUUCUUCUAAUACAUGGCAAGGAGAAGGGGAUGGCGAUAGACUAGACGAAGAAGACACUGAUAAUGAAACCAGGUGGAGACAAGGAACCAUGAAGGAGGCCAGGCGCGCUCUUCGAGCUAUGAACUCCUGGAAUUCAGAUCUAACUUGGUUGGUGUGCACGAAAGGUAUGGUGAAACAUUGUCGCCAAUACGGUCGAAAGCUUAGCUCCAGCUAUGACCAGGAGUUGGUGUCCGGGCCCAUGGUGGAGAAGAUGAAUCGUGAACUCAGUCGGUUGCAAGGUGAUGUUGAUCAAACAACCAAUCAGUGGAAAUUUGCAGAAAUUGUGUUUUGA